AUGCCUACUAAUACAAUUAAAAAUAAUGAAGAACAAAAACAAAUGAAUUUAAAUCGUUCUUCUUAUGCACAUUUACUUGCUGGAGGUCUUGCUGGUACAUUUGGUGCUGUACUGACAUGUCCAUUAGAGGUGAUCAAAACUCGAUAUCAAUCAUCGAAAAAUGCAUUUGCUCAAGGAAGAGAUUAUCUUAAUUUACACUCAUCAAUGAGUAAUACGACAGUUCAUCAUACUUUCUCAGGGGCCAAAAGUCCAAGUAUUAUGAAUUCCCUUAGACAUAUUAUUAAAUAUGAAGGCAUUCCAGGUCUUUUUAAAGGUCUUAUACCAAAUCUGAUCGGUGUUGCACCAUCACGAGCGAUUUAUUUUUUUGCUUAUGCGAACACAAAAUCUUUUCUGGUUAAAGAAUUCGAACGCGAAACACCUCUAGUACAUAUAACUUCAGCUGCUGCUGCAGGUAUUGCUAUGUCUACAUGUACUAAUCCAUUAUGGUUUAUUAAAACUCGACUUCAGAUUGAUCAAGGUUCAGUACUUUAUUUAUUAAUUUAUCGUCGAUCAACAAAACGAGAAUCGAAUUUGCAAACACAUGGAUUUAAUGACGAUUCAUCCAAUCAUCGAAAAUAUAUUCGAACACAAUCUUCAAAUAAUCGAACUGUGCCAUCGUCAUCAUUUUCUCAGCAGCAACGUCAAAAUGGUGACAAAGAUAAGAAAGCAGUUAAAGAUGCAAAAAAACCGCUACGUGUAUUUGGUGAUUGGUCAGAAUUUAAAAGUUCAACAGGCAAAACAUAUUUUUACAAUUGUAAAACAGAAAUUUCUCAAUGGGAAAAACCAAAAGGAUGGCCAGCAGAUGAAACAACAUUGUCCUCUAUUCGAACAACUUCAAUAUGUUCUUCCACUGAUCGAACUAAAAAAGAAACAACAAAUUCAAAUAGUUCACCUACAAUUCGUUCUCGAUAUAAGAUGGAUGAAUCAACAGAAAAUUCUCGUUAUCAACAAAAAGAUAUUCCUAUUCCUAAUUCUACUACUACUAUUAAAUAUGAACAAAAUGGUGAUAUACAUUCUCAUACAAUAAAUAAUUUAGCACAAGAAUCAUUACAAUCUAAUGAAUCAUUUAGUAAUAAUUCUAAUAUUCGUUUACCUAGUCCAAAUGAUGAUAAUAAUUCUCGAAUGUCAUUUUCAUCAACGAGUAGUAAAGAAUCAACAGCUAUAAAUAUUUCGGAUCGAAAUGGUAAUGGUAAUGAAAAUAAUGGUGGUGUUUUACAUUUAUCAUUAUCGGAACCCGUCUCUACUCCAGUGUCUGAUAUACCCAAUAAACUUCGUGAAAAAGAUUCAAUCUCUUUAAAUGGAAAUGAAGCAAAAUCUUCUUCUACUCGAACAAUUAUUCCUUCUAUGAAAACAGAACAAACUACAGAAAUUGAACCUUCUGCUCCAUCUAUGUCAAAGUUUGAACGUGACCAAGAAAUUCAAAAAUAUUAUCGUGGUAGUUUAAUUCAACAUUUAACUGAUUGGCCAUCAACUCAAUUAGAAAAACAGUGUUUAAAACUUUUUGAUGAUUAUUAUGGUUAUAGUGCUAAAAUGUCAACAGGAUUUAUUGAACUUAAAGCAUUAAAAUCGAACUUUCGCGUACUUGAAAUUAAACAAAAUAUCCUAAGACAGAGACUUCUCCGGUGUCAACAACAUGUUAAAGAACGAGAAGAUGAUAAACUGUUAUAA